AUGCUAUCGAAUGCAAAAAUACUUGUAUCGAAAGAAAAGGAUCGAUACUUUUUUGGUAUGGGUAGUAUUGCAACAUUCAUAAUCACGUGGUCUCUUUCUAAAUAUAUAUAUUUGUUAUACCAUACAAGAAAUGCUCCUGUGCAAAGUGUCUUCGAUGCAGUGAUAUAUCAUUUGGCAAGUAGUGGUAUAUUAAGUAACCAAAGUGAUCCAGAAGGAUUAUUGGAUUUAUCGAAUGUCAAUAUUCAGUCAAAGAUGACCGUAGCAAAAAACAGCAUCUUGCAAUCAAAAAAUGAAAUUAAUUAUGAAACAAUUAAACAAAAUAUUUCUAAAAAUGUGUUUCCCAACUUAUACAAACUACUACAGGUAGCCAUUAUAUAGCACAUCAAUCAGCUCGGCUACAUGUGAACAAAGUUUUUCUGCAAUGCGCAAAGACAUGGUUACGUACGAGUAUGCUGCAAGAAAAAUUUAAUAACUCUUCAAUAUUAUACAUUGAAAAAGAUAUCAAUAUCAGUAUUGAGAACGUUAUUGAUAUAUUUGCUAAUAAAAAUAGGUUUAUUGUACUAAAAUAAUAAAAUAUUUAUUGUAUAAUAAAUUAAUGAUUUUUAAAGUGCAUUAUAUAUAGUUAGUAAUGCG